AUGCACUGCUGCUGUCACAUGUUCAAGGACUUUCUGAAGCCUCAGCAGAUCAAAUGCACGACGGUGGCCAUCCGCCACCGCAUUCGCACGUCGUUGCGGUCCGAGGCAAUGGGCCCCAUCGAUGUGUUUGAGCGAGCAGAAACGAUCGAGUUUUGCUCGCUCUACUUGAUCAUUUACUUCGAGAUUUUGGACCCUCCGGAGAGCACGAGGCAUGGGCCACGACUCCAUAGUGUCGACAAGUGA